AUGUCCGAACGUGAUGAUUCCAGCGCCGCCCCCGCUGCCGAGCCCGAGGCAACAUCGUCCAAUGGCGAGUACCGAGUGCCCACCAUCGGGGAAGCUGUGGGGGGCGGCGAAGACGCAGGGGCAGGGGACGAGUUCGCCGGAGCGGACGAGAUCACCGGGUCGAUGUGCAUGGUCUGCGGCGGCGACGGCACGACGCGGAUGCUCACGACGAAGAUCCCCUUCUUUCGGGAAGUUAUCCUCAGCUCCUUCGAGUGCGACGAUUGCCACUGGAGGAACAACGAGGUGGUAUUUGGAGGCGAGCUGCAGGAAAAAGGGUGCAUCUUCGAGCUCACGGUCAACAACGCCGAAGACCUUAACAGGCAGGUGAUCAAGUCGGACUUCGCCACAGUAACGUUCCGCGAGAUGGAGUUCCAGAUCCCGCCGAGGCAGCGGGGGGAGGUCACCACGGUUGAGGGGCUGCUGAGGACGGCCGCCGAGAAGCUUGGAGAGGCGCAGGAUCUCCGCAUGGAGAGGUCGCCCGAGGUCGGGGCCCAGAUCGCCGGGGUCAUCGCGCGGCUGGCGCUCAUGAGCACCGGAAUUGACUCUGAGCUUCCGUUCACCAUGGUGGUGGACGACCCGUCCGGCAACUCCUUCGUCGAAAACCCUUCCGCGCCGAACAAAGACCCCGCCCUUAAGACGUCACACUUCACGCGCACGGCCCAGCAGGACAUGUCUCUGGGUUUGCAGCCGUCCAACGAGGCGUUGGCAGCGGGGACCGUGGACGCUAGCUCCGCGGCGAGGCCCGCGCCGCGCGAGAUGGAGGGGACCGCGGCUCUGAUGGCCAGGAUCAUGAGCAAGGGCGUUGGCGCAAGUCAAGGCGACGGCAAGGCGGGGGAGGAGGAGGAGGGGGGGAGUUUCAUGCGUAGGGAGGCGGUGCGGUUGCCCGAUUGCUGCCCGGCCUGCGGAGCUCCGGGGCACUCGUUGACGUGCCUCGCCGAAAUUCCGCAUUUCAAGGAGGUCGUGAUCAUGGCCUUCAACUGCGAGUCGUGCGGCUUCAAGAGCUCGGAGGUCAAGGGUGGGGGAGCGAUCCCGCCGAAGGGCACGGCGUACACCCUGGAGGCCGUCUCGAAGGACGACUUCAGGAGAGACGUGCUCAAGUCGGACACCGCCGUGCUCGAGAUCCCCCAGCUCGAGCUCGUCAUGGAGAUGGGCACGCUCGGCAGCAUGUACACGACGGUGGAGGGUCUCCUCGAGAAGGCACGCACAAGCCUCGUGGAGGGAAACCCUUUUUUCAGCGGUGAUUCGGCCACGGCACACCACGGGAAGGAGAGCGACGUGCAGCGCAAGUUCCGGAUUUUCCUGGAGAGGUUUGGCGCAUUGAUCGCUGGCGAAUCCCUCCCGUUCACGCUGGUGGUGCGCGACCCCCUGGGUAACAGCUUCAUCGGAUCGUCCGAGCACGAGAACCCUGCCGACGACCCCCAGAUGACGGUGGAGUGGUUCGAGAGGACCUUCGAAGAAAAUGAGGAGUUGGGGCUGAACGACAUGAACACCGACGACUUCGAGACGCUCCCGGAGGGCUACGUCCGCCCCCCGGUCGCGCAGCCGGGGAGCUCAGGGGCACCGGGACAGGAGGGCGGGGGGGAGGGUGCGACACAUCUCAUCCCGCACCGGGUAGGAACCGACCAUCCCACGGCCUUCACGAAGGGGCAGGAGGAGGCGGAUGACACCGUUACCGACGGGGCAUUUGCUUCCCCAUGA